AUGGCCGGAAUCAUAGAACAGCUCGAUGGAGCCAUCUCCAACCUUUUGAUGGGCUGGAAUAUCUACACUACCUUCAUCGUCUUCGGCAUCAUCGGUUACCUCUUCUGGAUUGUUUACGACAGUGCCGACCCCGAUACGCAUCCGCUGCUGCUUGCAAGGCAGGCGCAAGCUUCCUAUGUGAGGCAGCCGGGAGAGUCGGCUAUCUUCAGGUCACCCGAGACUCCCCAUGGCUACCCGCUCCGUACCGGACUCGCCGUACGCCCUCCUGGUGCUCCCAUGUACUCGGCCGGCAAGGAUGGAGACCUUCGCGAUAUCUGGAAGCGAGUGAUGGGCGAGAUUCCUCUUGAAAAAGGCGCCAAAUCCAGCGGCAUGGCAAACAUCAUGACCGUUUUUGGCAAAGAAGGCGUCACGGAGCACAAGGUGGAGGACAUCACAAGGGAAAUUGCCAUCAUUGGAAAGCAUCUGCAGGAUCGAAGCGCGAAGAAAGUGGCCGUAUACCUACCAAACAGUCUUGAGUUUCUGGCGGUACUUUUUGCUGGUGCCUUCUACGACUUCACGCCCAUUUUGAUCCCAUACAACCAGCCACAACAAACCCUCGUCGAGCUUCUGGUUCAGACGGGAGCUGAUACUUUAGUCGCCGAGGCUGGCUCGUUUUCUCUUGCAGACAUCAGCCAGGGCUCAUCCGGUCUUCGUUCCGUCAUCUGGACUGUAGAAAAGACGAGUAGGCACAUGGAUUGGAGCGAGGUACCAGAGGGUAUUGGCGGCAAGAUUGAUGUCGCUGUCUGGCACGAGCUUGUACAGGAACAGAAGAGCGCUGCUGCAUCACUACCCGCUACUUCAGGAAAACCUCCCGGUGUUGUUUUCCUCUGGCAGGAGGCUGUGGGAAAGCCUGCUGAAGUUGUUGAAUUCACCCAACAGAACCUGACUGCUGCUAUCGGCGCGCUUAUCACCUCUCUGCCUGCAGCACACCGUCUCAAUGCUGAGGAUACCUUCCUUCCCGCCGACGCCUUUACACACUCUUACAGUCUAUGCUGGACUCUGGCUGCCUUGUUUUCCCAUGCUACCGUCAUCAUCCAAUCUGUUGCUGGACCAGGUGUUGACCUCACCCUUGCCACUCGUUCGAUUGCCCCAACUGUUACCGUCGUCUCGGCUGAAACAGCUGCGAAGCUCCACAGUACCACCAAGUCAUCGGUAACUAGUGGCCCACACAAACUUGCACACUACUUGGAGACUCGUAUGUUAGCUGCCGGUCGUCUACCCACCGAAAACGUUUUUACAAAGCUCAACGCGCCCAUGCGAGCCGUCAUUGGCACGACGCCUGGUAAACUGCGAUUACUGCUUGUCUCGGAGCGUCAAGGCUUGAACACACCACCGCUCAGCACCGAAGACCUUUCUGAUCUCCGCAUAUACACCAAAGCGCGUGUCGUAUAUGCCUUGACCACCGCAAAGGUCGCUGGAGCCGUUGCGCAAACAAACGUUUACGAUUACCGAAGAGGCGACAUGCCGUCGAACAAACACAGCCACUUCGGCGUACCGCUAAGUUGCGUGGAAAUCAAGCUAAAGGAUACACCACAACACAAGACCACGGAAGAUCAGUCGGUUGGUGAGUUGGUCGUCACUGGCUCUUCGGUAGCUGGUGGUCUGGUGGAAAUGGGUGUGAAUGCGACCAUGCGGGAUGACCAUACCUUGGCAUAUGUGUAAAAUUGCUGGGCUAUUAUAGCUAGGUUAUUGAGAUAAGAAAAAUCUAUUACGAGUUACAACGAAUAAGGGCAUUGCCGA